UGAAGCUGAAACACAGCAGCUGCGAAUUCAGAGAUCGAAGAUGGUGGUGCAUCACUGCUGCAGCAAACAGCAGGUGAAAAGAGGACUUUGGUCUCCUGAAGAAGAUGAAAAACUCAUCAAACACAUCACUGCCAAAGGCCAUAGCUGCUGGAGUUCUGUUCCGAAACUAGCAGGUCUGCAGAGGUGUGGAAAGAGUUGCAGGUUGAGAUGGCUAAAUUACCUGAGGCCUGAUCUUAGAAAGGGACCUUUCACUGAACAUGAGGAAUGGACGAUCAUUCAGGCUCAUGGAAUUUUAGGAAACAAAUGGGCUCAGAUAGCUAAGCACUUGCCAGGUAGAACAGAUAAUGAGAUCAAGAACUUCUGGAACUCAUGCAUCAAGAAGAAGCUUAUUGCUCAUGGGCUAGACCCCAAAGCUCACAACCUUCUUUCUGUUCAUCCAAAUCAUAGCAAAGGUAACAACAUUGACAAUGCAUGUAUGGCCACCACUGACUUCUCUGUAGACACUUCGAAAACGAGCGCUUAUGAAGAAAACACAACCAGAACAGCCCUUGAAUGCAGAAUUCACCACUCUUUAUGGAGUAAUUCUCAAUCUUGUGAAUCCUUAUUAGGCUUUACAACCGAGCCUUCAUUAAAGUACCUUCCCGUUUCAUCUGAACCAAGUACACUGCAACAAGAACUGCGUCUCCAUUCACAGCCAGAGGACUUUGAUGGGGAGUUCACUGAUAACUUCGAUGAGUUGAUGAGUGUCGUAAACCAAGGAAUGAAUGAUCAAUCGUUUGAAGGCAUCAACUUUGAUAUGCAGUUUAUCGAAACUGCAUUAAACUGUGCUGUGUGGAACAAUGUAUAGGCUGCAACAUCUCGUGUAAAAACUGGUAUUUAGCUUUAUGUUUGUGUUUGUUUUUU